AUGAAGUGGGACCGAGAACAAACACCAAGAACAUGGGUAAACUUUGUGAGGGACUUCAAUGCGAAAUACUUUCCCCCUCUAGUCCAGGAAAAGAAGGAGGACGAGUUCAUUAGACUCCGUCAGGGGACUCAAUCGGUAGCUGAGUACGAGAGCCAGUUUACUCGUUUAUCUAAAUUCGUCCCUGAACUCAUUCUGACGGAGCAAAGGAGAGUUCGACGUUUUAUUCAGGGGCUCAAUGUGGAAAUUCAAAAGGAUCUGGCGGUAGCCCAGAUCAAUACCUUUAGUGACACCGUGGAGAAAGUUUUGCGAGUUGAAAAUGCAAGGCUUCAAGUAAGAAACUUUCAGGUGAAAAAACGGGGAGUAGUUCGACCCAAGGAGAUAAAGGGACCCCUCCCAAGUUUGGACGAGGAGCCGGUGGAGGAAGUUGCACGAGGACCCUGUGGAUUUUGUGGAAAAUCAAACCACACCGAGGAUGACUGUUGGAGGAAGGAGAGAAGAUGCUUGCGCUGCGGGAGUGCAGAGCAUCAAAUAGCUAACUGUCCAGUGUUACCUCGGGAGGCGAGAGCAACCACCCAGUCGUCGAAGGCCAACUCGGGACAGUCUAAGGUAGAAGGGACAAAGCUAAAGGUGCCAGCUCGGGUUUACUCCCUGGAGCAACAUCAAGUCCCUGAUUCCUCUGGGGUUGUAGAAGGAGAGAGGAAGCUUUUGGGGAACCUUAUAAGUUUAGCCAUUCAGGGGUACGACGUUAUACUGGGUAUGGACUGGCUAGCAAGGUACGAUGCACAACUUGAUUGUAAGAGGAAAAUAGUGGAACUUCGUAUACCGGGGGAGGCAACCUUAAGACUAGAUGUAAGAGGUAGUUUAGUCUCAUCUGCAUUGAUCUCGGGUAUUAAGGCUAGGAAAUUUCUGUAUAGAGGGGCUCAAGGGUUUCUAGCUUUUCUGAUAAACACUCCCACUGAUAAGCUAAGGGUUGAAGAUGUGCCUAUUUUGCAAGAUCUGUUGGAGCGUGGGUUAAUUCAUGAAAGUGGAUCUUCUUGGGGGGCUCCGGUACUAUUUGUUAAGAAGAAGGAUUGA